AUGGUUGGACCAGGAAUGACGAACAUUGGGAAAAAUGCAAUCAUCCAAACUGAAAAUAGGCAACGCUUCUCAAGAGGAAAACGAAUCCAAGCCAACGCUGCGCCAAGCACUCAUGAGUUUCAUUUGCGAGAUGAAGAACUAAAUGGUGAUGCACAAGUAUCAUCGUCCGCAACUAGUCGACAGCCUAGGACUAAACGUCCAUUACCAGCAAAUUCUAAUGUGAAUGACACUCAAAAAGCUAGAGACUUGGUCGCCACUAGGAAUGAGGAGGAAAUUGUUCAACCUCCUACUAAGGUUACACGCAUAACUAAAGCUCCUCUGGCAAAGAGAGGAAUUACAAGGAAUAUCCGACUAGCUAACAAAAGGAAUGCGAAUGAACCUGUUAUAGUGGAAUUUGAUGAAUCGUCCAAGCGUAUAGUUGGUCCAGGAUCACAAGACUUCAUUCAAGAACUGGGUUGCAUUGUUCGUAAAAUGGCAGAUUUCACUUUAAAGAAUUUCCAGUCUCAAAAAGAGACUUUGGUUGACGACAUUAUUAAGAAUGCAUCGAUGAAUGUUCCGGAAGGAAUGAAUGCAGUGGAUUGGGCAGUUCUUUGUGAAAUUUUUGAUGGUGAUGAUUUCAAGAAAAUCUCUACACGGAAUGCAAAAAAUAGAGCCCUUUUAGAAGUUCCACCUGCCACUGGAACCAAAUCUCUUGCAAGAUACAUUGAAGAAAAGAAACAGCUGGAAAACAGGAAAGUCACUUAUAUUAAAGCUUAUAAGGUGGGCCAUUACUCAAACAUAAAAGGCGCGAUGGUUAAUGAGAAAGCGAGUGAAACUCUGGCUCAAUUAGAAAGUCUAAAAGAAACUACAGACAUGGAUGAUAUCGAUGUCUGCCUUGAAGUCGUUAAGGGUUUACCUGGACAUGCACGUGGACGAUCCGCACCAAAGAAACAAGUUUUAGCAAUUGAAAGAAGUCGUGAUGAGAUCGAAAAGGCCAAUAAAAGAGCCGAGGAAGCAGAAAAAGAGAAACAACUUUUGGCUGCACAAGUUGCUAUUAAUGCAGAAGAGUAUAAGAAAUUGGAAGAGCGUCAAAAGCAAUCUGAUGAUAAGUUAGAAGAAAUGAAUCGCAAACUUCAACUUCUUCUUCAAGGCCAAUCUCCAAAUAAUGUAAGUGUGUGA